UGAACUUUAGUUCGCUAUUUAAUAAUUUCACACCGAUGUACCAGAAAAAAGAUCAUUUGAGCAAACAAAUGAUUCACAAUAAUUGUUCUACGAUAUUUUUUUCAAUCAAUAAGUCUUUUGCCCUAUGAUGGUCAUAUGCGUCUUGGAUCGGCACUUAUGUUCAAAUCCCAUGGUGAAUAUGCUUUAAUCCGAUUACACAAAAGAUUGGUUUCACAAGUGACUUGCAUAAUUUUUCAAUGAAUAAUGUUCGCAGCUCAAUAGGAAUAGUAAAGUAACCGAAUGCAGACAGACGAAAUUUAAACCGGUACUUGAAACGUAUAAUAUCACUAAUACUCCCAAAUCUAAAAUCAGAUAAGACGGUAACGUGAAAAAUAUAUCACAGCCGGAAAUCCGAUUGAAAUUAGUCCCCCACCAAUAAAGGAUUUAACCUAUCCGAUUGCGAUUUAAAAAUAACGUGCCCCUCUUGUUUGCCCGAGUGAAUUGGAAAUAUAAGCUUCGGAGGAAUAAUAUUCCAAGUAAUCGUUUUCGCGGAAGCUUCGAUCUGCUAUUUUAAUAUUUUUAAAAAGCCAGCUGAAAUGGCUUGGUGAUGCUUUUUCACACACCAUGUGGUUCGAUAAAAUAAUGUCUACAAUCCAUUGAUGAAUCAUUGAUAAUUCGUUUGUGUGUGAGUUAUUCCUAGGCCACGUAGGUAUGGCAAAUUCUAAAUUGCUAAACACGCCAGCGUUAAAACUAUCGUUACUCGUUGUUAAUGACUUUUAUUAUAUGGUCCCCAUUGGUGUUAAAUUUUUGUUUCAGUUUUUCCAAUUUUCCACAUGUCAUUUUUGUACAGUUUCCAAACAAAUUCACUGUUCUGGUGUUGCGAUGUCUAAGCGAUUGCGGUUUUAUGGGUUUAUCGGUUUCGGAUCGCUGUGUUUUGUGUUCUUAUUCUUCGAUCAAAGAUACGGAAGCCCAGAGACGAUGAAAGAUCAAAUACAACGGUUAUCAAAAACGGGGAAGUUCUGGGAGAAAACAGGUGAAAUCGAUGAUUCACUUGCUACAUUGAGUGAAAUACAGCAGGUCAUCGAUCAACAAAGAAGAAUCAUUCACGAUGAGAUUAUACAUUACCAAUAUCCUAACGGAAGAUAUAAUAUAAGUGCCAGUGAACUUGAAGACCUGGUGAUGGAAAAUAAUGGAAAUCCGAUCAGGAGUGUCAUUGUAUCAACCUGGCGUAGUGGAAGUACAUUUCUUGGGGAUAUUCUUGCCGCGCAUCCAGGGCUCUUUUAUCACUAUGAGCCGCUUUCGGAUUUUGACAUUGUUCAAAUCAGAGGUCCCCCACUCGCCAGCCAAGCUUUGACUAAUAUCAAGGCGCUGCUUAACUGCGAAUACGCGGACUUGGAUCACUAUGUAGAAUAUGUGAAGAAUCAAUCUUGGAUUUUCAGGCUUAAUCCGCCUCUGUGGACGCAAUGCCAAGCUCACCAGAGCAUCUGCUACAAUCACAGAUUUCUUAGCGGAAUGUGUAAACUUUUUCCAUUCCAAUCAAUGAAACUUGUCCGCCUGAGGUUACGUGUUGCACAAGAGCUUCUUGCCGACAAAAAAUUGGCUGUGAGAUUGAUACUUUUGAUAAGGGAUCCCCGUGGAACUCUUCAGUCGAGAAGACAUACUACUUUUUGCCAGGCAAGUCCGGACUGUUCAGAUGCAGGUUUACUUUGCGCGGACUUGACAUCAGAUUAUAACGCCGCUGUGGAGCUGCAAAUGAAAUAUCCCUCUCGAUUUAGAGUGUUACGAUAUGAAGAUCUGACCGCAGAGCCGUAUAAACAUGUGAAAGAACUUUUCCAAUUUUAUGGACUCGAUUUUCAUCCAAACGUUAAAAAAUAUCUAGAUACUCAUACGAAAAGUGACGUUGGUAAUGCAUACAGUACAUACCGAAAUUCAAAGACCGCUCCCUUUCAUUGGAGAACGGAUUUAGAAUUUGAAGAAGUUGAAGAAAUUCAACGAAAUUGCUUUGUCGCAAUGAAACGCUGGGGAUACGUGCCAGCAUUGAACAUUUCUCAUCAAAAAGAAUUCAAUCCAGUAACAGCUUACACAAUAUAAUUAUAAUAUAAUAUGUCGAAGUAUUUUACGAUAUAGAAAUGCUAUUUCGAGUUCAACAUACAUUCCAACCAACAAAUAUAGGCUUAGCUCAUUCCUCCAUGUAAAAUAAAUUAACUCGUGUUUCAUACAUUACUUGGGUAUUUGCAAGUACGGUUUGGCAAUUUACAUGCUGUAUAUAGACAGAAGUUAAAUUACAGGAGGUUAAUGAAGUGCAUUUUACUUUCAAUUCACUGUGAAAAUUUCUGAGAUGUUUGACCACAAAAUUGUGCACUUCCUUGUUUAUCAAACUUAUCGUUAAAUGAGUUACCCAAUUCUUUUCUCAGGUUGAUCUAGCUGAUGACAAAUUGAAGGCAUGCGUGCAUUCAUUGUUGUCAAGUUGUUAAAUAUUACCUACCAGUAUUUUUUUAGAGUAUUACGUAUUUAAUUUACGGUAAAACCGCAAUACGUAAUUUUAUACUAAUCUGUAUAUAUUCCUACGUUGGAUGUAACGAAAAAUUAGUGGUAAAAUUACUUCUACUAAAUUUAAAAACAUUAUUGUGCAUGAUUAUUCUUGUAUAAUUCAUGAAGAGAUUGAUAGCCAGUUAUUCAUAAUUAACAUGAUGGCCAGCAAAGUAAUAAUAAUCUUGCAAUAGCGAUUAGUUGCAAAGAAAAUUAUAAAAAAUGGUUAUGCCUCACCUACAUUAAAUAUAAAGUUAUUGGCGUAUUGCAACUUUCUAGAUACAUGGGGUGCCAAUCGUGAUGAGUGAUACGCGAGUAUUGAUAAGAUAUCGUACAAGUAAAUGUAAUCGAAAAGUAAUGUGUGCAUUUAUUACAGAUCUGUUCAAAUGAUGAAUAUCAAUUGCCUUCACUUAUAACGGUAGUAUUUUUUCAGAGUUCUUCGUAUUGUACGCCUAAUAAUAUCACCCAUAAAUUAAAACUUGUGUGUGCUUCGUCGAUAAAUGCAGUAUAGAAUACAAACUACGAAACCGUGUUUUUUCAACAGCAAUCUAUAAAUUAUCACUU